AUGACAACAAAGGAUUACAAACACCAUUUGAUCUUCCAUAAUAAGGAUAAAAACCUUCCUCGGAUUUAUGUUGAUGGGUGUUAUGACAUGUUCCAUUGGGGUCAUGCAAAUGUUAUUAGACAAGCAUGUGCUGCAUUCGAUUAUAAGUGUGUGUUAGUUCUAGGAAUUGUGAACAAUGAAAUUAUUGAACAACACAAAGGACCAACUGUAAUGAAAGAAGAAGAACGUAAUAUUGCAGUAAGGUCAUGCCAAUGGGUAGAUGAAGUAGUUGAUGGAAUUCCAUAUUGGGAUACUGAGUUAUUUAUGAUGAAGGACCUUCAUAUUGAUUAUGUAGUUCAUGGAGAUGAUAUUUCAUUAAAUGCAACAACAGGAAACAAUAGUUAUCAAGCAAUCAUUGAUGCUGGAAUGAUGAAAAUAGUUCCUAGAACUGAUGGAGUAUCAACCACAGAUAUUAUUUAUAGGAUGAUGAAUCCACAAUCAAAAGAACACUGGGAAGGUUUUAAACAUGCUAAUUUAUCAAUUGAUAAAAUUAGAUUGUUUAGUAAUAUUAAAAAAGAAAGAACUCCUCAAGACAAAGUCAUUUAUAUUGAUGGUAGUUUUGAUUUACUUCAUGCAGGACAUUAUGAGUUAUUUAGGAAAGCACAUGAACUUGGCACAUACCUUAUAGUUGGAAUUUAUGAAGAUCAUACAAUUAAUGAAUACAAAGGCAUGAAUUACCCAAUUCUUAAUAUUGGUGAACGUGUCAUGAGUUUAUUGGCUUGUAGAUAUAUUGAUAAUCUUGUCAUUGGCGCUCCCCGUGGAGUAACAAGUGAAAUGAUCGAGAAAAUGCAUAUUGAUGUUGUUGUUCAUGGUAAAUGUGAAAAUGGUGUUGGAAAAGAAUAUUAUAAAGAUGCUAUUGAAAAGAAAAUUUAUCAAGAAAUAGACAGUGGUCUUACUUUAACUGCUAAUGAAAUUAUUGAAAGAGUUAAGGAAAGGGAAAAACUCUUUGAAAUAAGAAACUCAAAGAAACAAAGAUAA